GUGCACUGCCUCCUGAGGUUAACAGCCGCAAUAAUGGCGGAGUUCGGCUCCGGCGGGUUGCUCGCCGCUCUGCUGCUGUUCACGGCCCUGACCCUGCGGGAUGUUUAUGUGGGUCGGACGGACCGCAAAGGCGGAUUAUCUUUGGAUGCUGAAACGGACUCAGAGUCCGGCAAAACCCCGAAAGCAGCCAUGUACUCCGGUCCUGUGCUCCGGUUCCGUUACUGUAUCUCCUGAGGUUACAGUAAAGUCUUCCAGGAAUACUCCCAGGCCAUCAGCCAGGUGUAUCCGGACAUUCGCAUUCAGGGCGAGAACUACCCCCCCACCCCCUUGAACAGGUUUCUGGGUAACUUGAUCUCCUAUCUUAAGCUUAUCUCCAUCCUCAUUGUCGUCAGUGGUCAGAAUCCCUUUCCACUCCUCGGCAUUGACACACCGGCUGCUUGGACCUGGAGUCAGAACAACAAGAUCUUCUCGUGUUUGAUGGCCUUCUUCGUCUGUAACAUGAUGGAGACUCACUUCCUGUCUACAGGAGCCUUUGAGGUCACUCUGAACGACGUUCCUGUUUGGUCCAAGCUGCAGUCCGGUUACGUGCCUAAUAUCCAGGAGAUGUUCCAGAUCCUCGAAACACACCUGAAGAUGAACCAAGCGGAUCACAUGACCUUCACCUCCACUUAAAGCUAACAGAGGGAUGAACUUCUACUAGGCUGUGGAUUGAUUGUCAUCAUUCUGCUGUCUUCUCAGCUGUGCUGCGUUCAGGUGUCCCUGCUCAGUGGGACGUUCAGCUGUUGGCGUUCAUGAAGGUGCUGCCUUAAAGCAGGUCUGCCGGGCUGCGCCUGAUGCCUCCGCCUCCAUGCAACAUCCCACGGUGCACUGGGUCAUCACCUCCUGAGGCGAAGCCAUGUGGACCAUGCUAAUAUGCUCCUUUACAUGGCUCAUUUAUCAUCUGUGAUGUCAGGUUGUUUACUUUGUGCUUACGGAUCCAGGCUCCCAUCCACUUCUGGUACCUCUAGACCUUACUUUAGAGAUCCAGUGUAAGAUCUAGUUUUAUUGGAUCGGUUAUUUUCUUCCAACAAUGACCUUUGUUUUAAUUUAAUGUUAUGAGUUUUUAUUGUAGCAGAUCACCUCAACAAUAAUGAUGAAAUGACUGCAACUGAAAUAAAAUAUGACUAUUAAAAUUCCUGCUGCUCUCUCCAUGUU